CCCGCCUCCAACUCAAAUGUCUGUACUUUCAGUUUAGCUAUAAAGAAGAAGUCGCGUUGGCUCGUGUCCGGAACAAUAAACACAGUUUGAUGUUUUUUUUAAAUAAGAAACUUUUCUUUGGUCAAAGCUGAAACGCUACUAUCCGUGGUGAGUUCACGGUCCUUGGCUAACAGCGGGAACAUGGCUUUGCUGCCUUCAAAGUCUGCACUGUUUUGGAUCCUGAUUGUUGUGACACCUCACGUGACGGCAGCCUCAGGGAGUCCGAGGCGAGGGAUGAGUCCAGCCGACGAGGAGUUGAUCUGGAGCGCCCGUGACAUUAGCUUUAGAUCCAAAACAAACUCCAGACCGCAACUCGGAGCAGGAUCGGAACCCGGUGACCGCGCCGAUCCGUUCAAAGUCCCAACUUUGGAUGGGGAGUUUUCCUACGAGCCGGGCGUCCUGAACGUGUCUCUGGUUAUUCACUCCUUCACUAACAAGUCGGGGUUUCUGGAGUGCAUGUGGAGCUCGGAGUCCUCCCUGUCCAGCCUGUUUGAGGGUUUACCGGAGACAACACACAUCCUCUUCUUGUCCCUGGACGACUCGGCGCUCAGUGAUGCUCUGUGGAUGCGGGAGCAGCUGCAGCGGGCCGCCCCCCUCAGAAAGGAGGUUCUGACCCGGCUGCACUUCUCUCCGGUGCCGGUCUUUGCUCUGGGUAACUGGAUCCCAAGUGUGCUUUACAACUGGGGGUGUGCAGGUCACAACUGUGGCCUCUCCCAGGCUGUUUUCACCUCUGAUGGGUGGAAACUGCCCAUCAUCAUCAAGAGACUAGAUGCCAGGUACGACUGGGUCAUGGCACGCUGGAAGCCGAACUCCUAUUAUUUGGUUGACGCUGGAGACGGAUGUCAGCCAUCGCCCUCCGUGUCGGGUGCUGUGGCCUGGGUGUCUGAGGACAACUGCUCCUUCUUCUCUAAGGUUCAGAACAUGGCCAAAUCCAACGCCUCCGGCGUCCUUGUCUAUGCCCUCCCUGGUAACCCCAUCCAGGACAUGAACUGCGUUGAGGAUGAAUGCUUCACUCCGCUCAGCAUCCCGGCUGCCAUGGUGCACCAGGAGGUUUCUGUUGCUCAGACGCUCCAUUCUGGACAGGUGGUGAAUGUUUCCUUCCAGACGACCCCGUCCCCAAACUUUUUCAUCGGUAUUGACCAGCAGGGGGCGCUGGCUGAGAUGGGCUGGUUCCUCUACCCCUCCUUCAGCUUCAUAAACUGGCAGGCCCAGUGGUUUGAAUUCUCCACCAAUCUGCAGACCAAACUCCAAAGUCCUGCAAAAGUUGUUCCUGUGUUUGACAAAGUCCAAAUGCAGGGGGAGAAAGGAGCUGUGGCCACGGUUGAACUGCCUUUCGAUUUGUGGGACUCUGACACUCUGGAGUUGGAUGCAUCGCUGUCUUGUCCUGGUCGGAGAGACUCGUCCUGCGCUCAGUGGGAUCACACGGUGCAGCUGUUUGUGUGCUGCGAUCAGCGGAGUCCGUACUGCAACACGGAGCUGGGCCGAUGGAUCACGGCGUUCCGCAGAGGAAUUGGGCGCUGGCUGACAGACGUGUCCCCUCUGAUCCCCCUGCUGGAUGGCAAUAAAUGCACCUUCACUAUGAAGACGGUGCCGUGGGCGAUGCCGUGGAUCGUCUCCCUCAACCUGAGAUUCAGUCUUCGCAAUCAGACAGGUGGUGGUGUGGAAAAGCUCCGUCCUUUUAGGGUGACAUCUCUGUACAGCGGAGGAAACUUCGACAAGGACUACAACAAGAGAUACCAGCCAAUGAAAUUUCUCAUCCCAUCAUCAACCAAGAAGGUGGAGCUGUACGCCGUCAUCACAGGACAUGGCAGCGACGAGAACGGCUGCGGCGAGUUUUGUGUCACCUCCCACCACUUCCUGGUCAACGCAGUUCAUAACAACACUCUCAUAUUUGACUCUGCAGGAACAGCCCUGGGCUGUACGAAGCGGGUGAAAGACGGUGCGGUACCAAACGAACACGGCACGUGGCUGUAUGGGCGCGGAGGCUGGUGUGAUGGACUGCAGGUCAACCCCUGGAGGACUGACCUCACCACCCAGCUGAACAUGAGCGCCUCUGAAUCCAACGCUGUCGUCUACUUCGGCUUGUUCGACGGGCGGGAUCCUAAUCCGGCUCAGCAGCCGGGGUACAUCAUCAUGUCGUCUUUUCUUAUCUUCUACAAGUGAUGCCACUUUGUAAAACUGCUUUUUCAAAUGCUGAGCAAGAUGAAUGAACGUUGCUCUGAUCAAGAUGAAUGAAUGAACGUUGCUCUGAUCAAGAUGAAUGAAUGAACUGAAAACUGAAAAUCAAACGUGGAAACUGUUGCUAAAUAAAUCUAUAUUUUCCCACUGA